AUGCUCCGAGAGGAGCUCCGGGAGCAGCAGCGGGAGAUGCUCCGGGAGGAGCUCCGGGAGAUGCUCCGGGAGAUGCUCCGGGAGCGCGCGGGCAGCGCCGCCUGGCGGUAUCCGCUGGGAACUGCUGCCCGCGCUGUGCCUGGCGCUGACUCUCUAACUGAUUCUACCCGCACGGGCACUGCCACUCUCCCCAGGGGCCGAGGCCUCCUGAAGGCUGCCAACGCCUCUCUCUCCCGGCUGAAGGUCUGGCAGGGCUCGGGAGGGGAGCGAGAUGGGAGGGAGGGAUGGAUGGAACUUGGCAUUCUGGGAUUUGACUGUACCUUUGAAGAGGUUGAUCUUGAAGAUAUCACUAAGAAUCAAAUUAACACAAUCAAAGCUUGUACAGCUGAGGAGAAGCCUGGAAACUGUCCAGUAUUGGAAGGAUCAACUUUGGAUAUGAGCAAGUGCCUGCAGGGCAUCUAUGAGGAUCUCAGUGCCUACAGGGCAGAGCUGAAAAACUUCGAUGACCUAAAGGUGUUGACAAGCAUUGAUAAAAUGAUGGAG